AUCGCAGCCUCAGAAGACGAGAGGAGAAGUUUGCUCAGCUUGUCUAUACCGCCUGACACUUUAAACUGUUUUCGGGCUGUGAGCUGGAGGAGAUGACACAGCAGCAGCCAGCCGUGCGGAGCCGCCACCAUUUAUAGCCCUGCUGCGAUCAACAAUCUUAUUAAGAGAUUUAAACUUUCCCUCGGUCACACUGGGAGGAUCAACAUGCGCUCCUGCCGCAGUUAUUCGCGCAGUAACUGAGUCAGUUUUACAGCUAUACCAACCCGCCUCCUCUGAUUGUGGUUAAACUCCAACCCGUGUCAGCUGUAAGAGAGAGAGAAAAAAAAGAAGAGAAGAAGCCGAAGCAGGAGUCCGGCGUGAGAGGAGCGCAGAAUUCAAGCGAUCGCCGCGCAAUGGAUCCGUGAGACUGCGCCACAGUCACCGAAAACGAAACACCAGGAUUUUUUCCCCCCUCCCGUUUCUUUCCGAAGCAUAAAUAUCUCAUGUGCACAUGAAAACGUGUUUGUGUUCGUGGUGAAGAGGCUAGCUUCGUGUCUGGAAGUCGCUGCGCGUUCUCCAAGCAGAACUCAAGAAAAGAAAUCUGUGAACAUCUGCACUACCGGGAAUGCCCUCAAACACUGACAACUUCAAGUUAGAUUGCAGAGGGUAUCCAUCGAGGCAAAUGAGAGAGAUGCACAGAAGAAGACGGUGGCAGGAAUAAUAAGAUGAGAGUGUUUAAAGAUGUUAGCCGCUAAAGAACAAAGCACAAUCCAACGAGAAGCAGUGACAUGUCGCCUGCGUAUCACCACAAAUUCACAGGAGGCCAAUGAAUGAAACUCACCAAAAAGAGAAAUACAUUUUUUUUUGUGAUUUUUACAUGGAGACAUUACCAUCUGUCAAUGAAGAUGCUCAUGAGACGAUUUUGUUUCCAGCACUGAACAAUUCAACAUCCAGCUGAUUUACCAACAGAGUCAACUCUUCUGUAGGGUAACCACGGUGGUAUAAAACUCUUCUCAUUGUUUGGUCCAGCACAUGACCCUCAGAAAAGCACCAAUGGCCUGCAACUUAGGCAUGGUGACGAGUGCCUUGUUUUGGUCUGUAGUCAUUGUAUAUUUGACUCAUAUUGGCAGAGUCAAUGGAGACUGCUGGUUAAUUGAGGGUGAAAAGGGCUUUGUAUGGCUUGCAAUUUGUAGCCAAAACCAACCACCUUAUGAAGCUGUGCCACAGCAUAUCAACAGCACCAUUGUGGACCUACGUCUGAAUGAGAACAAAAUCAAAAGUAUCCAUUAUUCUGCCCUCAGUCGCUUUGCCAACUUAACCUACCUUAACUUGACAAAGAAUGAGAUCUCCUAUAUCGAGGACGGGGCCUUUUCUGCUCAGUUUAACUUACAAAUCCUUCAAAUGGGAUUCAACAAGUUGCGGAACCUGACAGAGGGAAUCCUCAGGGGUUUAGGAAAGCUGCAGUACCUCUACCUCCAGGCAAACCUGAUCGAGACUGUGACACCCAAUGCCUUUUGGGAAUGCCCCAACCUAGAGAACAUUGACCUUUCCAUGAACCGAAUUCAGCAGCUAGAUGGCGCCACAUUUACCAGCUUGACGAAGCUUACCACCUGCGAGCUGUACAUUAACCCUUUUAACUGCUCAUGUGAGUUAUUUGGUUUUGUCAAAUGGCUCUCCAAUUUUCCGAACAAGACGAAUGAACGUAUGGUGUGUGACUCCCCACCUGAUAUCUCUGGGUACAGCCUGCUGAGCCAGAAUCCGAACAAUCCAAAAUAUCGAAAUGCACUUCACAUGCUCAACACUGUGUGUACUGAGGAUAAUGUGACACCAUUUCUUCCUGUGCCCACUGAGACUACUAGUCCCCUACCGGAUUCAACUCUUUGUGGGCUGGAAGAUUGUCCCUCAGGGACAGAACCAGAAGACAUUACAAUUAGUACAAUGAACAAUGAUGUGGAAGUAAAUCCUAUGAUGAAAGUGAAGAAAGUCUCAAAUACAGCUGCAACCAUCUCAGUCCAUAUUCCCAAUCCUUAUAAAAAGAUGUACCUUCUGGUUCUGUACAACAACAGUUUUCUGACAAUUAUUCAGAAUCUGAAAGAUAUUAAGGAAGAUAUUGAUCUAAAAAACCUCGAGCCCCACAAUAACUACACAUACUGUGUCAUCUCAAUACGUAAUUCUCUUCGACACAACCACACCUGUCUGACAAUCACUACUGGCCCUUGGAAUGGAAAAGAUAGAGUGAUAAACAACACAACGGCUACUCAUUACAUUAUGACAAUUUUAGGCUGCCUCUUUAGCAUGGUUGUUUUUCUGGGUCUUGUCUACUACUGCUUGAGGAAAAAGCGGCAAAAAGAUGAAAAGCACAAAAAAUCAGGUAACCUGAAGAAAAAUAUCAUGGAGCUUAAGUACAGCCAGGAACUGGAAGGAGGGACUAUUUCUCGAAUGUCACAGAAGCAACUGUUGGCAGGGGACAGCAUGACUCGGAUGCCGUAUUUACCAUCUGCAAGCGAAAUAGAACAGUACAAAUUUCAAGAAAUAAGCGACACACCUAAAAUGGUGAAAGGAAAUUACAUGGAAGUGCGAAGCAUGGAUCAUCAUGAACGCCGUGAAUGUGAGAUGGGAAUGGCUGGGAAUAGCCAGGGAUCAGUGGCGGAGAUUUCCACCAUUGCGAAAGAGGUGGAUAAAGUGAAUCAGAUAAUAAAUAACUGUAUAGAUGCUCUGAAGUCAGAGUCCACCUCUUUUCAGGGGGUGAAAUCAGGAGCUGUGUCGACUGCAGAGCCACAGCUAGUACUAAUAUCAGAACAUCCGCAGAGCAAAUCUGGGCUUCUGGCCCCAGCUUAUAAGGACAGCUACCACCAUUCUCUGCAGAGGCAUCGGUCCUCAGAUGUCUCGCCAAAGAGGCCCAGCACUGCCACAGGAGGGCCCAUGAGAAGCCCCAGGCCUUAUCGCUCUGAAUCCAAGUACAUAGAGAAAACGUCCUCAACAGGAGAGACUAUCCUCACUGUAACACCUGCUGCAGCCAUCCUGAGGGCUGAGGCGGAGAAGAUCCGUCAGUACAGCGACCACCGACACUCGUAUCCCGAUGCCCAGAUCGAGGAGCUUGAAGGACCUGACAGCCACAAGUCACCCAUGCUGGAGCCUCUUACUCAUUCCCGCUCCAGAGACUUAGCAUAUUCUCAACUGUCAUCGCACUAUCACAAUCUAAGUUACUCCUCAAGCCCUGAGUACUACUGCAAACCUUCACACAGCAUCUGGGAGCGAUUCAAACUCCACCGAAAACGACACAAAGAUGAGGAGUAUAUGGCCGCAGGUCAUGCGCUCCGCAAGAAAGUCCAGUUUGCGAAGGACGAAGAUCUGCAUGAUAUUUUAGACUACUGGAAAGGAGUAUCAGCUCAACAUAAAUCUUAACCUCUUGAAGCACUUUUAAUGGAAUUUACUGAAGUGACACAAGAACCUCAUGUAACAAUGGAAACAAAGGAUUCAUUAUUAGAACUGAUGUGUAUGACGUUCUCGUUUAACUAUGAGGAAAAAAAUGGGUACGCUCCCUUAAAAUGAAAGAUUUGUCAUUAUGUGAAACAUUAAAGCUUUUAUCUAUUACAGAGACGUUUAGAAAUGUCUUCUACAGCAACUGGACUUCUUAUUGUUUUUCAAGAUGUGAUGAGGGGAGAAACAUCUUGAAGAUCAACAAGAAGCCCAGUUGCUGGAAAGAGAAUUUGUAGGUAUCUCCAGCCUGGAUGACUGAGAACCUUCAUCUACAGAGACAAUAUAUCGCAAAUUAAGAAUAUAUAUGUUACAAUAGAGUAUUGGGUAUCGCCUGGCCAAGUCCUGUGACAGUGGAUUUGUUGUUGUGUACAAUGAAAUUACUAUAUGAAGAAAUGUCUCCUGGAACCUCAAUAUGUUUUUUGAAGAACUAUCUGAAGCCUUCAUUUAAAAAGAUCUUCAUUUCUUCCCUGUAUAUUUAAUUCAACAAACCUAUGUACAGAUAUGGUUCUCUAUGUUUGCUGUAUAAAUGGAAACAUAAUCAUAGCUGACAUCAAGUUCAUUAAAUGAGAAUUUUUUUUUAAUUAUUUUUCUUUAAAGCUAUGAGGAUGUUUGUCUGCUUAAUGGUCAGCAUCAGUUUUAUUUCCUUUCAUUUUUAAAGGUUUCUAUACCUGGAGUCUCUUUUAACAUCCCCUAAAUUACACUUAAAUUCUGUACUCACUGGAAGGAAUCUGAUAAAAUUUUUUGCUUGAUAUAGUUGAGCUGUGUCUUCUUUCAUCAACCAUCAUUUGUAUCUUUGCUACCAAAGUAGAAAAACCUGAAAUGUUUACAAGUGUUUCUCCACAGUUUGGGAACCGUACAAAAUCUUAGAAAUUGUUACGUGUUAGUUUUCUUAAAAUUGUUAUUAGUUUCUCUAAAA